CUUAUAUACAUAUAUAUGUCAGACCAUGUUUUCAACAUCAAAAGUCAAGCAAAGUAAUAUAGUAUAAAGUGUAUUUAAAAUACUAAGAAUUCAAUAAAUUAACGUAACACAAAAAUCUAAAGCAUAUGAUUUUUAAUAGCUAUAUUUUAUAAAAUAUAAUUUGUGUGAUUUGAUGAGAAUGGAAGUAAAGAUACAGAACAACCGUUUCUCAUCCUUCAUGUUUCUUCUUCUUCCUCUCAUUUCAUUGCUUCUCCUCCAAGCAAUAAUAACAGCAUUGGGCGCAAGUGAUCUUGGAACAGACAAACAAGCCCUUUUGGAUUUUGCUAAUACCCUUCACAAUGCUCCCCGUGGACGUCUGCGAUGGACCUCCACGGGGGCGGCGGGCGCCGGCCCAAUCUGCACCUCAUGGGCCGGCGUGACCUGCAGCUCGGACCGAAGCCGGGUCGUCGAGCUACGACUUCCCGGCUUCGAGCUCCGCGGCACCAUUUCGGGAAACACUACCAUCGGGAGGCUCGACGCGCUCGAGAGGCUCGACCUCAGGAACAACUCCCUGUUCGGGGCUAUACCGCCGAACCUCAACUUCCCGCGCCUCAGGCAUCUGAACCUGAGCGGGAACCGUUUCAGUGGGCCCAUCCCCCAGUCACUCACAGGGUUUCCUCCUACGUCGUUCGGAGGAAACCCUUUGCUGUGUGGGCCCCCACUGGCACACCAGUGUGGUGGCCUGGAUCUUGAUCUUAUCGAGACCAACGUCGUAUCACCAUCAACCGGUCCAUUGGGUCGCCGGUCGUUAAAGUCCAAGAAAAAGAAGGGACUUAGCAAGAAAACUAAACGUGUUCUUAUUAUUAUAUCAGUUGUAAUUCUGAUAUUAUUGGCAUUUCUUUGCCUCGCUCGUGAUAUGUUAAAAAGGUGUCGUCAGUAAUUUGUUUCAAAAAAUAAAUAUGUGAGAAUGUCGAUGACUAAUAAAUGUCUAAAUCAUUAUUGUAAUUAAGGAUACGUUGAGUUUAUGUAUUCAAAUCAAUAAAAUCAUGCAUAAGUGUUACAUAUUUGAAUAAUUGAAUUGAUCGUGA